CCGGCAACUCUCGCUCUUUAGGCGCCCCCCCCCCCCCGGUUGAACAUCACUUACGUACAAAUACCUACCCAAGCCCUCUCAGCUUCUAUUUCCAUUGCCCUCCACCUGCCAAGAACAGGGUAUCAACGACCAUGCCUAUCUUCAACGUCGGCUCCAUCGUCAUACAGCUGGUCGUCUUUUUGACAACACUAGUCAACUUUCACUCUGCUUUGGGACACGUUGAACCCAUUGUGCUUAUCGGUCUGUACAUCUUGUCUAAAGUCCUAGGUCGCUCGCCUGAGGACUUUUGGACGACGUCAUGUCCCGACUCGUGGUGUCCGAGCCAGCUCCUGCCUUCAAUGGAUACGUGACCCCGAGGGAAGAACAGUACACGGCUGGAGUGUCGCCCGGUGAAUCCUCGUCACCGCAGGGGAAGCGGGCCUUUGCAGCUCAACAACAACAACACCCAAAUGCAGAGAGUUUGGCCCGGAUGAUCGCAGCAGCCAGAAGGCCAAGCUAUGCAGGCAAAGUCGGUAUCAGGGACCGCAUCAGCUGCUACCAAUGGACUUGGUUCACUAUGACCAUGGCCACGGGCGGCAUUGCCAAUGUCCUUCACACUAUUCCACUCAGGUCGGACUGGCUCUAUUACAUUGGUUUGGUCGUGUUCUUGUUCAAUAUAUGCCUCUUCCUGCUUAAUUGCACCUUGAUAAGUCUAAGAUUCUCCUUGGUCCCCGGGAGCUUCAUGCACUCUUUCCUUGACCAGACAGAAUCUCUAUUUAUCCCAGCAGUCCUCGUGUCUUGGGCAAUUAUCCUAAUCAACAUAUGUGAAUAUGGCAUACCGUACUGUGGGUUGUGGUUACAACGAGUGGUUCAGAUAUUAUUCUGGAUGUAUGUUGCCGUCAGCUUCACAUCAAGUGCCGCCAUGUAUCUGACACUCUGGUCAACACAGAUUUUUCCGAUUCACAGGAUGACACCAGUCUGGGUGUUUCCCGCCUAUCCUCUGCUUCUAGUAGCCCCAUUUGCAAGCAACCUCAUAAAAGCGGCAGCACAGUCCCAAGCCGGCGUCUUGGUCAAUUUUACUGCCAUCGCUUUCUGUGCUGUCACUAUUCAAGGCACCGGAUUCCUGAUCAGUUUCAUGGUCUGUGCUGCUUUUCUGUAUCGUCUUAUGACACAGAAGCUUCCUCGCGAUAUUCAGAGACCUGGUGUCUUCAUUUCGAUAGGACCAAGUGGGUUCACUUGUGCAGGCUUGGUUGCCUUGGGAAACCAAUCUGACAUAAUCGUACCGUCAGAUGUUCCGGGACGCGAACACGCAGUAUACAUCUUACAGAUACUAUCUUUGAUGCUUGGUCUGUGGCUGUGGGGCCUGAGUCUCUGGUUCUUCUUGGUGUCGGUGGGAUCACUACACAAAUACCUGCGACGCGAGCAUAAAAUACCAUUCCAAAUGACCUGGUGGAGCUUCGUCUUUCCUAACACUGCAUUAGUCACUGCAACAUUUGCAUUGGCAGAUGUGUUAAACAACACUGGGCUGAAGAUCUUUGGCUGUGUCAUGGCCUGCCUCUUGAUUCUUGUCUGGCUGCUGGUCUUUAUCCGCAUGAUGAAAGGAUUGCGGAAAAGAGAAAUUCUUUGGCCCAAAGGACUCGAGGCUGGAUAGACCACGGCCUUGCAAUUCCUCUACAGCAAGGCCAUAAUCUAGAACAAGCACAAACACACAUCCGACCCCAGCGUACGACACAUGGUUACAAAGUGGCGAUAUUCGUAGUGGUAGUUUUAAAUUCAUCAUGACUCCAACGUGCAAUACAAGAAGAGCCACAAGACUGCUCCCGCAUCACCAUC